AGCAAUUAACUAACAACAUUUGUUAUAAAAAAUGUUGCAAUGGAAAGGUCGGUGUCUCUACUGUUCUGCGUAAUUUAUUUUAUUUAAAAAUGUUACUAGGCAUUUUAUCAAUCAACAGCAUGUGCAAAUGUCAGCUCUGAAACGAUGUGGCAUACUGGCUGGACAGAUGUCAUGAGUAGUGCCUUGUACCUUUCUUGACUUUUUCAUAAUUUUAUUUCUGCUUAUUUUGUUUGUCACUGGUUAUGCUAAUGCACAUGUUUUAACUAUAACUAUUGAUUGAUUGCUGAGGUUGUGGCAAUGCUUGAUGAAAGAGAAUUGAGUAAGGCUUGAAUUAUGGAUUACACAUUAAGUUAAUGUGACAUGGGUCCGGUCCGUCGGACACACACAUUAAUGUUUUCAUUUUAAUUGAUCGUGUCCCAUGUUUGUUGUAUUGUAGUAUCAGGAUUCUAUUCUAAUGCCCCUUGUGUUCUUUGUUUACUACCACAUAUUGUGGUAUCCCGUUGGGUUCAGUUGGUAGAGCAUGGUGCUUACAACGCCAGGGUUGUGGGUUCGAUUCUCACGGGAGAAGGCAUAAAAAUAAACGUGUACACUCACUACUGACCAGUGAUGAACAGGAUAAGGAUCCAUGUGUUGCCAUCGAGCAGAGGCCGUGUGGCCCAGACCGCCCGUACCCAGGAGCCCCUGGCCUGCUCCUUCACACAGCGACCCUGCUCCCAGCCGCGCCUGGAGGGCCUGGAGUUCUGCAUCAAACAUGUCCUGGAGGACAAGAACGCCCCUUACAGACAGUGUAGCUACGUCUCCAACAAGAAUGGCAAGCGCUGCCCAAACGCAGCCCCUAAGGUGGAAAAGAAAGAAGGGGUGACCUUCUGUGCGGAGCACGCUAGAAGGAAUGCCAUGGCUCUCCAGGCCCAGCUGAGAAAGGCCUCAUCCGGACCCUCGCCUGAAGCCCUCCUAUCUCAGCUCAGUGGCUACAACCGCCCUGAGACGCAUGGCCUGGACAGUGGCCGCAGUGAAGCCACCCGCAUCCUAGAUGUGGACAGCUGGAGUGAGGAGGAGCAGGGACCACUGGUGCUGGACCAGACAUGGAGAGGAGAUCCAGACAGUGAAGCUGACAGCGUUGACAGUGACCAUGAGGAUCCUCUCAAACAUGCAGGGGUGUACACGGCAGAGGAGGUUGCUCUGAUCACACGGGAGAAGCUCAUCAGACUCCAGUCUCUCUACAUCGACCAGUUCAAACGCCUGCAGCACCUCCUCAAGGAGAAGAAGCGCCGAUACCUGCACAGCCGCAAGGUGGAGCAUGAGACCCUAGGGAGUAGUUUGCUGACUGGCCCGGAGGGUCUCUCCAUGAAGGAGAGGGAGAACCUGAGAAAGCUGAAGGCUCUGCGUCGCUACCGCCGCCGGUACGGCGUGGAGGCUCUGCUUCACCGGCAGCUCCGAGAGAGGAGACAGGCUGUCACUGAAGGAGCUCCUCUUCAGGCGCAUACGAUGCGGUCUAGCCAGAGGUGUAUCUCCUAUGUGGAAGGGACCCGCUGUUCUAACCAGUGUCUCCCAAUGACACGACAUUGCGUCUCUCACAUCUACCAGGACAGUAACCAGGUACUGUUCAAGAUGUGUCCGGGGCUGAAGGAUGUUCCCUGUGACCGGCCUGUUCACAUGGGCCAGUCAGAGGAGCCUCGCUGCCCCCUGCACCUCUCCCUGCCUCCCCCCAUGUACCAGCCUGAACAGGAGACAGCCCUGACCCCAGAGCAGCUGGAUGCAGUACUGCCCAAAGACAUGUACCUGAGUGCUGCAGAGCUACAGCCCACGGAGAGCCUGCCGCUAGAGUUCAGUGAUGACCUGGAUGUAGUGGGGUGUCCUCCGUCCCCUCUGAUGUUUGACACGGCCCUGGCUCUGGAGGACCAGACUAUCAGGGCCAUCGCUGAGGGUCCUAUGGACAUCCUGACCGGGGUCGAGCUGGACGCUUCGGGACACGACGACUCUGCUGACAUGGAUUUCUCUGAGAGAGUUCUGCAGUCUAUAGAGGACCAAAUUGUAUCAGAGGUAAUAGGAGGAGGGGACACCACGGAAAAUUCAUCAACAGAACUGGACCAUGUUGCAGCAGACACCUCCAGAUGAGAGCUUUGCCUCCAGACUUGUGUUGAAUUCCAGAGACUAAUGUUGAGUUGACCAAUUGAAAGCAAAGAUGGAUCUACAAGGUGGUAGAUCAUAACGAAGCCUUUGCACACCAUUGCCAAAUGACUACUGUUAAGUCAUUGUUUAAUCAGUUGUCAUAUUACUAACUUUUGCUGAUACUCUUGAGUUGGUUCAGUGUCUGUCUGGUCUUGUUGCCUUUCUCAACUUUACCUGUGUAAUUGAAUAACUCCUGGCUUCUCCAUAAACUACAAACAUAUGUAUAUCUUGUAUACAKAGUUGGUGUAGUGAAGAGAUGAAACACCACUUGUAACUGGUUUGUUACUGUUCAAUAAACACUCCACAAAUGCA